GAGCUGCUCCCUAAACCGUGAGAGCAACGUGACGCACAGAGCAGUGUAAGAUAUCCAGGAGUAUGCGCAUUUCAAGCAUGCAGCAAUAGCCUAGAGAUGUCUGUCAUACAGUAUUGGAUAUAUAUGAGGUAUGCCCUUGCAUUAAAGAGGAUGAGGACGACUUGUUUCUGCACCGAGCGCGUGAGAGAGUGAAGACGACCACUGCGCUGGCGAGCAAUUUGCGGAGUUGGUCAAGAGGUGCACAAGCAUCUAAAAGAGCGGGGUUUUCCUUUUCUUUUAAUAUUUUUUUAAACGUGGACCGUAACGAGAGUUGGAAGAGAAACAGAUACCGAUAUCUAGGCUACUAAAUCGGUUUAAGUUACUUGUCAUUCCCCCCCCCCAAGAUCGCAGUUUGUCCGAUGCCGCACCUGAACUUUUUUCUCUGAGCGUUUCUCUGCACAUGAAGGCUGGGUCCUCUACGAGGUCCUGUUGCGACGGUGGAAUCAGAUCGAUUUUUCCUCCUAUAUGUAAGGGAUUAAAAAAAUACCUUUCACUGUUUCCUUCGUGCAUUGCGACGAUGCUGCACUGAGUCGGUAUGGGAUUUCGUCUGUAACGCGUUUCCGGUGGCCAGAUAGAGUACGGACAUGCAGCUCGUGCGGGCGGCUUGCGCGCUCGCGGCCGCGGCUUCGGCCCUUCUCCUUAUUCUCUUCUUUCACGCGCGCUCUCUGCGAGAAGGUCAGCUGGCAGCAGGCACAUGUGAAAUAGUCACACUAGACCGAGACAGCAGUCAGCCAAGGAGGACCAUCGCACGGCAGACAGCCAGGUGUGCCUGCAGGAAAGGCCAGAUUGCCGGCACAACCAGAGCCAGCCCGGCGUGUGUAGACGCUCAUAUUGUCAGGAGCAGACAGUGGUGUGAGAUGAUGCCUUGCUUGGAUGAUGAAGGCUGUGACUUGUUAGUAAACAGAUCAGGUUGGAGAUGUACACAGCCUGGAGGCAAAGUGAAAACUACCACAGUAUCCUGACAUGGAGUUGAGGCUUCUGAGAGAAGGUGCCGGAUGCAGAUGCUCCACUCCAUCCUCUAUGGCUAUAUCUAUCAUCAAUAUUUUCUAGUCUGUUUAUCCACCCAUCAAUAAGGGGAAUAAAGACCUGCUCCUGAUAUCUUUAUAGAUGAUCAGAUUGAUCCCAGAACAGAAUGGAUAAUGGAUCAUUCUCAGAAAUGUAUAGAUGCAUACUGCUGGACUGAACAAGAAUGUGGAUUUGUUUUGAGGUUGGCAGAACAUUUUUUCUCUCCAGUGAUAUAAAAUUUUUACAGACCAAAGAAAACCUGAAUGGACACCAAGCUUCUAUUGGGAAGGCUUUUGAUGAUGUGAUUUACUAGUGAUAAAUAUAAAUGUACAAUUAGACAAACAGAAAAACACACAAACAUACACUGAACACACAUAUACCUGGUGGCACAGAGAGAAAUAAGGACGUUUUAAAAAACAAAUCAAAAUAAAAAAACAAAAAACAAAAAAACCCCAAGACUUCACAGUGCAUCUUUCGUGUAUUCAUCAGUUGGACCUUAUGCUGCAUAAUGAACAUAAAUCAGGUAUUUUUGGAACGCGCAACAGUCUUGCUGAUGACAUGUGAAAAGGAACUUUGGCAGAAGACUAAUAAAUAUUUUUUCAAAGGCAGAGAAUGUAUUUAAUAUUUCUAAUGUUGUAAUUUUCUAGAGUUGUUUAUUUAAUAUUAAUAAUGUGGUCAUGUGUGCAACCAUAAAAAAAUGGAUUCAUAAUCAGCCAUGAGCUUGCUGUUAUGAAUUGAUCUCCUCAGAGGUCAACUUUCUCUAAAAGCAUAUUAUUGACAACCUAUUAUUUCAGCACUGUAUAAGCUAAAGAUAAAUCUUUGUCAUGAAAUUGUUUAUGUUUCAGCCCAACACAUAUGAUAGCUAUAAUUACACUAAGGUAAUUGCUUCAUCUUCAUAUAUUUAGUGUAUGUUGUGCUUCUGUGUGUUUUGUGUCAGGUUCUGCUUUUGCCCUUGUCCUCCACUUUUUCAGAAUUCAGAGUCUGUGGAGAUAUGCUGCUGUCAUCCAGGCUGCAAGCUUCAUUUAACAUCAGUAACAGUCUGCAUACAUUACAGAGCUCUUCUUAUUACUGACACACUGCUGCUCUGGCCAUGUUGAAGUGUUCCCUCACUGGAAGUGAUCAUAUGUCAGUGGUGAGGGGUUGUAUGCUUUAUAGGCUUCACUGAAUAAAUUCCCAAGAACACUGAAGUUGGAG